AUCUUACUUGUCUUCCACCGAGAACGACGCCACAAAAUCGCCACCAAUCCCUAAGUAGGACAACUACGGUGGGAUCCAGCAUGGAGCCAUCCCGGGGAUCCACCGGCGGCGCCUCGUCGGGCGGCUCCUCGGCGGCCGGAUCGGACGCCGAGGAUGACAGAUACUGCAGCGCAAGCUCUGCGCUCGGGACGCCCAGCUCCCUCGCAACCCUCCGCCCCUCCUCCGACUUCUGGGAUCAGGACUAUCACAUGGACCUCCUCCUCCUCGACGACCCCGUCGCCAGCUUCCCCAAGAUCCACCAGUUGAACCGCCUCCACCAAGCGCAGGCACCUUCUCUGCUACGACUGGAUCCUCCCGCCGCCGCUCUCGCGCGGCCGGAGUUGGGUUCUGGUACGCCGUCUCUUCAGCCGCGCACUGAUCCCGUCCAGGUGGAUAACCUUGAUGGAAGUGAUUUAUUUGAUGAUAUGGUUCAAGAGAUGGAACAGAUUCUGCUCAAUUCAGGGGAACCCCAUGAAAGUGGGUCUUUUAUGGAUAACAGAGUCAAUAACGUUCACCAGAAUCAGCAUUUCAGAGAUGGCAGCACCACUGCCUCUACUUCUGGUACAGAUGAUGCCUUUGCAUACCCUCACUAUCCUUCAAAUUUUGAUUCAGUGGAGGUUGUGGGGGCGAAGCAAAAAACAGGGGAUGUUUCGUUUGGCGAGCGGAUGGUAGGGGUCAAAGAGUACACUGUGUAUUUGUUAAAAGUGAGGAGUGGCGAAAAUGAAUGGGAAAUUGAGCGUCGAUACCGUGAAUUUUAUGCACUUUACCAACAACUUAAGGCCUUUUUUUCUGAGAAAGGAUUGAGUCUUCCACCCACAUGGAUAAAUGUUGAAAAAGAGGCCAGUAAAAUAUUUGGGAAUGCAUCCCCGGAUGUUGUCAAUGAAAGAAGUAGUCUCAUUCAAGACUGCUUAUGUUCUUUGCUCAUCUCUAAUUAUCCAUUUGGAACACCCACCCCUCUGGUUAGCUUUUUGUCACCAGGGACUCUCCCUUAUGAACAUAGCUUCGUAAAGACGCUUAUUCCGCGAUCUUUGCAAAGGCUGAGCAGCGAUUUACAUUCCAAAGAUUCAGACUGCAAUCAAGCUUUGCACAAAGAUUCUACCUCGCUGGGCAAGACAAUAUCACUUGUUGUGGAGAAUAGGCCUCAGAAGUCAACUAGACAGUUGUUGGAAUUACAGCACUACAAUUGUGCGGGAUGCCAUAGGCAUUUGGAUGCUGGACGAACAUUACUGCAAGAACUUGUACAAACUAUUGGAUGGAACAAGCCGCGGUUCUGUGCUUACACUGGCCAGUUAUUUUGUGCUUCUUGUCACACCAAUGAUACUGCAGUUCUUCCGGCAAGAGUUCUGCACCAGUGGGAUUUUUCCUUAUAUCCAAUCUCCCAGUUAGCAAAAGCAUAUUUGGACUCCAUUUAUGACCAGCCUAUGCUCUGUGUAAGUGCUGUCAACCCUUUCCUAUUUUCUAAAGUGCCAGCUCUGCUUAAUAUCAUGAGUAUCCGGAAGAAAAUAGCAGCCAUGAUUCCUUGUAUCCAUUGUCCUUUCCGGAAUUCCAUAUUUAGAGGGCUAGGAGUUCGAAGGUACCUUCUUGAUGGGAAUGACUUCUUUGCGCUCCGUGACCUUGUGGACCUCUCGAAGGGAGCUUUUGCAGUACUUCCAGUUAAGGUGCAGACCAUAUCAAAUAGGAUACUUGUGCACAUCACCGAGCAAUGCCUGCUGUGCUACGAUACUGGUGUUCCAUGUGCUGCUCGACAAGCUUGUGAUGACCCCCUAGCCCUUAUAUUUCCCUUUCAGGAGGACGAAGCUACAAGAUGUGGUUCGUGUGGGUCAAUCUUCCAUAAGCAAUGCUUCAGGAAGAUUAGUGCUUGCCCUUGUGGUAAGAGUGCCACCAGCACAGGCAAGAAAAUCGUGGCACUAGAACAAGCUAUGCACGACAGCUCAAACAGGCCAUCUACUGAGUUGAUCCAGCCUCCGUCUUUUUCUUCAUCUUCAGGAUUUUUUUCUGAUAUUCUUUCAAGAGCAAGGCCGGAUAAAAUUUGGAAACCAAGAAACAGCAAUCCUGUAAUUCUGAUGGGCUCAUUGCCUGAUACGUCUGUGUGAGCUCAGCUCCUGUCUGUGUACAACCGAUGUCGCAAUUUUGCCCCCACAAUUUCAUUCCUUUGUUACAACAUUGUAUCUACCAUGAAGAGGAUCCUCACAAUUGUUUUCUGUAUUUUACAAUAAAAUGCAAUUCUCGUUUGUGUUUUGGUA